UCCAGACACGAUGCUCUCGUCGCCAUCUCCUCCCACCCUUUGCAGCAGCAGCCUCCUCCCCUCCUGCUCCGGCCACCACCACCGCCACCGCACGCGCCUACGCAGCUCCAAUCCCAACGCCCCGAGCUUCCCAAAGCCCAACCCCGACCCACCUCGCCGUCUGCUCGGCGAAGACCGCCGCCUCAGCUCGCUCGUCCACCGCGGCGACCUCGACGCGGCGCUCCGCGUCAUCGACUCCUCCCCCUGCCCGCCCGACGUCCAGCUCGCCAACAAGCUCGUCCGCGACCUCUGCCGCCGGGGCCGCCCGGCCGACGCCGCGCGCGUCGUCGACGCGUGCGGCCCCGCGGCCACCGCUGUCACCUACAGCGCGCUGGCCGACGGGUACUGCCGCGCGGGGAGGCUCGACGAGGCGCGCCGCGUCGUGGACGGCAUGCCCGUGCCGCCCACCGCGUACGCCUACAACCCGCUCAUGCACGCGCUGUGCGUGCGCGGCCAGGUCCGGGACGCGCUCGUCCUGCUCGACGGUAUGCUCUGCCGCGGCUGCGCCCCCGACGUCGUCACCUACAACAUCCUCCUCGAGGCCGCCUGCAAGGGCGGCGGGUACCGGCGGGCCCUGGAGCUGGUCGACCUCAUGCGCGACGAGGGCUGCACGCCCACCAACGUCACCUACAACGUCAUCAUGGACGGGAUGUGCAGGGAAGGCGACGUCGACGCCGCCCGCGACCUGCUCAACAGCCUGCCUUCUUACGGGUGCAAGGCCAACACCGUCAACUACAACACCGUCUUGAAGGGCUUGCGCACCGCCGGUCGAUGGGGGGAUGUUGAGGAGCUUAUUGACGAGAUGUUCAGCGAGAACUGUCCCCCGAGCGAAGCAACUCUCAGCGUGGUCAUCAGUCAGCUGUGUCAAGAAGGGUUGCUCCAGCAGGCGGUUCGGCUUCUCGAGAAGAUGUCCAAGCAUGAGUGCACGGCAAGUGUUGCUACUUACAAUGCCGUCAUCGGCGGUCUUUGCGAGCAAGGUCAUGUGGCUAAUGCCUUGGAGUUAUUGAGGAAGAUGCAAUCCUGCGGUUGUGAGCCUAAUACUUUUACCUUUGAAAUUCUAGUGAAGGGUUUGUGCAGUGUUGAUCGUUGGGACGAUACCACCGAGGGUUUGUGCAGCCCUGAUAUUUCACCAUUCAGUACACUCAUUGGUUUAUUGUGUCAGAGAGGGUUGACGGUGCAGGCCAUUCAAGUAUUUAAGCAAAUGCCCAAGAAAGGCUGCACCCCUGAUUCAACCACUUACACUACACUAAUAGACGGGCUUGCCAAAAGUGGCAAUAUGGACCAGUCCCUUGAGCUGUUGAAUGAAAUGGGCAACAAAGGAUUCAACUCAGACAUAAAGUAUAAGCUGUUAGCUGAGUAUCUGCAUGACGAGGCUAAAAUUGAGGAGGCAAUUCAGAUGGUUCAUAAACUGCAAGAUAAAGGCAUAUCACCCCACACUGCUCUCUACAAUACAAUACUAUUAGGGCUUUGUAGAAAUGGAAAAACAGAUCAUGGUAUUGAUAUUUUGGCUAAUAUGGUGUCUGACGGUUGCAUGCCUGAUGAGUCAACUUACAUUAUACUCAUCGAAGGCUUGGCACACGAGGGCUAUAUGAAGCAGGCAAGAGAAUUGUUAAGCAAGUUGAGUUCUAAAGAUGUUCUCAUUGACAGUUUGAUCAAGAACGAUGGUUUGUUGUUAGAUCAAAAUAUUCAUAUUUCUUGAGCGAUGAUGAGAUCAAGGCUAGCUCGGGGUUUUGACUGUGUCAUGCCAUAGCAAUGGGGUAGGAUAGUGCUUACACACUGCUUCAGUUUUGUUGGAAAGAAUUGCCUUGCAACUUGCAUGAUUGCCAGUUUAAGCAAACAAUUCAAUCACUUACAGUCAUGGGCGGAGCCACUACUUUGGACAAUCACGGUAGUUUAUGGACCGCAUGAUGAUCCCAGAAAAUAAGGCUUCCUAAAUGAGAUCAUUGACAUUCACAGAGCCAUUAUUGGCCCUUGGCUAUUUAGUGGUGAUUUUAUAAUCUUAUAAAAGAAGCAAGAGGUAAGAACAACCAAAACUUUGACAGAAGAUGGAUGACUCUGUUUAGAGCUGCCCUUAAUUCCUCUAGCCUGCACGAAAUCCCGCUUAUUGGGCGCAAAUUUACCUGGUCCAGCGAACAAGACCCGCCAACUCUUGUUCGCCUUGAUCGCGCCUUUUGCAAUGCUGACUGGGAACUGCAUUUCGCAUCUGCAAAGGUCUUGCCCCAAUCUACAGGUUUCUCGGAUCACUACCCCCUUCUGCUGGUCAAUGAUGGUCUUGUUAAAACUGGCAAGCGCUUCCAUUUUGAAAGCUAUUGGCAGUUCAUCUCGAUUUUCAGUGACGUGGUGGCACAGGUCUGGGCGGUAGAUGUUGGGGACAAAUGCCCUUUAGCUGCAAUUGAUAUGAAACAUAGAGCAACUAGGAAAGCGUUGAAGCUUUGGAGCAAGCUCCACAUUGGUGAUAUCCAGCUGCACCUUGGAAUUGCUGAGGAUCUCAUCUUGCAACUAGACACUGCCCAAGAGGCCAAGACCAUAGUCAGCUUUCUCCUUCUGAAUUCAGUUUGACGCGUGCUCUCAAAUCACGCACCCUUGGUCUUGCCGUGCUUCUUAAAAUUAAAGGCAAGCAGCGGCGCGGAAUAACGUCAUCCACAUAAUUCCCGCGGCUAGGGCGUGCGGUUUGGUUUGUACCUAGCCUGCAAGUUAGAUUCUUUUUUUGGAGGCACUGAAAGUCGAGGGGUAAAGCUUGCUGUGGAAGUCUUACCGUGAAAGACUGGAAAACUACCUACUUCACUGAUAACGCCGCACCAUUGUGAUAUGUAUGUUAUGUUUUCUUCUGUCAAAUUGUAGCUUAGAACUUAUUUCUCGAGGUCUCUGUCUCCAUUCGUUUUUUUUUUACAAUGCACUUAGAUAUCCUUCAGUCUUGGCUGGUUGUAACUGUAGUCUCUAUGGAUAGUUUGGAGUUACAGAAUUUCAGUCUCUUGGAAUGUCAAAGUGGUACGACAUGGCAUUACUUCUGAUUUCUAGUGUGAAGCAUAUAACAUAUGUAUGAGUAUG